CUGCCGUCUGCUCCUUGGGCUGGAGUUUGCUUACUGGGUAUGCUGAAUCUCACAGGCUCUUUGAAAAGGACGGAAAACUGGAGGAAGCUCGCGCCUGACACUCCCUCGGCAUGGCUCUGCUCACUAGAGGAAUGUUCAUGUCUACCCUCGGAACCCGGAUGGAAAGUUCUUUUCUUUCCCUGUCCGUUUUCCUUCUGUUGAGAGAGAGGAGCACAAAGCCAUUGUUUUAAGAAUAAACAAACCAACCCCCUCUUUGAAACUAUCCCUGCCUCCUUUCCCUCCUCCUCUGAGUUGGACUAUCCAGUUGGGAAAGAGGUGACUAAUGCAGGCCCUUUUGGAGCAAACCAUACGGGUAAUAGAGAGGGGCGUUUAGGGUUGUGGAUUCAUGUGUUUUCUACGCACCUGAAGGAAUGCCGGUGAGGAGAGAAGUGGACAAGCAAGACCGGUGUUCAGUCUAUUAAAGAACUGGCCAUGUUGUUUGUGAGAGAGAAGCCAUGCCUUCACAUCCCGGAGUCGGACCCCGAGGUGGCCGAGCGACUCGCCCUGGGGAGUCCAGACAACCUGUCCAAUGGGAACAAGGCCGACCUGGAGGCAGCCAAGAGGCUGGCCAAGCGCCUCUACAAGCUGGACGGCUUCAGGAAGUCAGACGUUGCCAGGCACCUUGGCAAAAACAAUGACUUCAGCCAAAUGGUGGCAGAGGAGUAUCUGAGUUUCUUCAACUUCACAGGAAUGACAGUGGACCAGGCACUAAGGGCCUUUCUGAAGGAGUUUGCUCUAAUGGGGGAAACACAGGAGCGAGAGCGGGUGCUCUCCCACUUUUCCAAAAGAUAUCUCCAGUGCAAUCCUAACACCAUUCCCAUUGAAGAUAGCGUCCACACUCUGACCUGUGCACUGAUGCUGCUCAACACAGACCUGCAUGGCCAUAACAUUGGGAAGAGGAUGUCCUGCAUGCAGUUCAUUGGCAACCUGGAAGGGUUAAAUGAUGGCCAGGAUUUCCCAAGAGAGCUUCUCAAGGCAUUGUACCACUCAAUCAAGAAUGAGAAGUUGCAAUGGACCAUAGACGAGGAGGAGCUGCGGAAGUCCUUCUCGGAGCUGGCGGAGAGCCGCACGGACUCCGCGUCCCACACGAUGAAGCGCAUCAACAGCGGCGGCAACCCGCUGGUCAGCGUGGCCCAGCAGUCCAACGCCCAGCUCUACAAGAACGGCUUCCUCGUGCGCAAGGUCCACGCCGACAUCGACGGCAAACGGACCCCCCGAGGUAAACGCGGAUGGAAGUCAUUCUACGCCAUUUUGAAGGGCCUUGUUUUGUACCUGCAAAAGGUAAAUGGCAAUAAGGGAGAGUACCGGCCCGACAAGCUGACUGAUGAGGACUUGAAGAACGCUGUGUCCAUUCAUCACUCGCUGGCCAUGAGAGCGUCGGACUACAGCAAGAGGCCCAACGUCUUCUACCUGCGCACAGCCGACUGGAGGGUCUUCCUCUUCCAGGCCCCGAAUGCGGAGCAGAUGCAGUCCUGGAUCACCCGCAUAAACACAGUGGCGUCCAUGUUCUCGGCCCCUCCCUUUCCGGCGGCCAUUGGCUCCCAGAAGAAGUUCAGCCGACCUCUGCUGCCAGGAUCGACCACAAAGUUCACACAGGAGGAGCAAGUCCAAUCCCAUGAAACACGAUUUCGGGCGGUGUCCUCCGAGUUGAUAGAACUGCGUACCGCUCCCCUAGAGCGGAAGCUCAAAGGUCGUGAGCUGGAGGAGUACAAGCAGCGGGAAGAGUAUCUGGAUUUUGAGAAAACCCGCUACGGGACCUACGCCAUGCUGCUGAGGGCCAAGAUCCGCAGCGGCGAGUCGGACCUGGCCGCCUUCGAGGCGCGCCUCUUCGCCGACAGCGGGCUCCAGCGGGCCCACUCCAGCCCCACGCUGGCCCAGGAGACGUGCAGCAGCCAGGCCAGCAGCAGCAGCGCGGGCAGCGCGGGCAGUGCCAGCGGGAGCAGCGCGGCGGGCAGCGCCGAGUGCAGCAGCAGCGAGCGGAGCGGAGCGGCCGGCCGGAGCAGUGCCAGCGCCGGCGCCAGCGCGGGCAGCAGCAGCAGCAGCAGGCGGGGCAAGCGCUCCGAGGGACAGAGGCACAGCUACAGGAAGGCCGUCAAACAGUGAA